AUGAAAAGCUUUGCCCUUCUUUCGUUCGUCUUCCUAUUUGUUGCCCUCGAUGCUGCAGUGCUAAAACAAUCUCUAACCUGCAAGGCUUGCAUAAAAAUGGUGGACCGAGUACGAAGGCUGCUUGAUGAUGGCGGCGAUUUUCAUCAGACAUGUCUCGCCUCCUGUAUGAAAAGCCUUGACAAAGUUGCGCCAAUCUGCAACUACUUGAGCGAGUACGAGGACUCGUUGCUCGAAGAAUUGGAGGAGGGCGAGAGCUCCAGAAAUAUUUGUGGACCUGCCCUGUUCAACCUCUGCUUCCUCGACGACCGGAAACACAACCGGGAAAAUUAU